UGCUGCAUUCAAUUAAACUCCCAUACAAAGGAUCACAAACCCUGUGGAGAUUUUAAGAUAUUCUUUGCGUUAGCUUGAGCUUCAGUUUCCUCCUUGGAUUGCUCGGGGUUCUGAACCUUUAGGGACCCCAAUGGAUUCCGAGCUGCUCCUGAUGCUUUGUUGUUGCACUGUUUUCAUGUCACCAGUGUUUAAUCAAAUUGCUGAGGUUGGGAAGAUCAAGGUUCUUUUCACACCUACGGUUUGUAAGCUGAAGUGUGAGGCUGGACAUUGCGAGAAUCGUUGUAGAAAGGGCAAUAUUACAACGGUUUACAGUGACAGUAGCCCUUCUGACACAGCCAAGACUGGAUUCCGACUGUUCCUCUGUCUGCUUCAGUGCCAGAAUGGGGGAGUGUGCGUACGGAAGGAUCGUUGCCAUUGCCCACCUGGGUUCACCGGGAAAUUCUGUCAGAUCUCCACCCGGUCAGCCAGCAGCAGUCAGGUUCCUGACAGUUUCCCAACAGUAAACCCAGAUCGACACCGUAAACCACGGGUGGAAACAGUAUACACUCUUCCACUCUCCAACCAACAGCUUUCAAACCAAACAGACCGACUGAUUCCGUCAAUCGUUAAUCUCCGAGUCCAGCAUCCUCCUGAAGUCUCGGUGAAGGUUCAUCAGGUCACACAAGUGGUCGGAGAGAAACACACAAAUUCUGCUCAGCUCCACGUCCAGGAGCCAACAUCUCAGAGAGAACCACAAAACCGGACACCACAGGAGCGCCAGGGACCUCUCACUGCUGACCCCCGAUUGGAUGCAGAGUCUGUGUUUGGGUACUGCUUUACUGAAAUCACCAGUGGACAGUGUUCUUCCCCACUGACCGGCCUGCGGACAGUCGAACGUUGCUGCCAAGGAGGAGGUGUUGGCUGGGGAGUGACCGAAUGUAUUCAAUGUCCUGUGACACCAGGAAAUGACUGCCCACAUGGAUUUGAAAAAGCUGCUGAUGGACAUUGUCAAGAUAUCAAUGAGUGCUCCCUGCCAGGAAUCUGUCAAAAUGGAAAGUGCCUGAACGUGAGAGGCAGCUACAGCUGUGUGUGCAGCCAAGGGUUUGUACAGGACACCUCCAAGAGCCGCUGCAUCUCGCAGAAGGUGAUCUCAUUAACCAAAGGACCUUGUUAUCGGAUUUGGAGGAGUGGAUCCUGUUCCCUGCCUGUGGGACAGAACAUCACGAAGCAGAUCUGUUGCUGCAGCAGAGUGGGGAAAGCCUGGGGAACAGAGUGCCUGAAGUGCCCAUCGCCGCUCACAGAGGGAUUUCGGGAGAUUUGCCCCGCAGGUUCUGGAUAUCAUUACAUCCGGUCAGAUCUCCGCUACGGUAACCGGGGACUGGGGGAGAGGGACCGAGGAAUCACUAAUGUGGAUCAAGCAUCAUUGACCAGUACCUCAGCACCAAUUGUUCAACCCACACAGGCUCCGAGGCUGAGAGAGACAACAAGCCUAGCCAGGACAUCGCCCACAACAGCAGCUGUGCCCAGGACCCCCCAGCCAGCUCCUGAGGUUCACAUCUGUCAUCGGAUGCCGCAGAUCUGUGGGCCGGGACGCUGUGUGAUACGGCAGCUGGGUUACACAUGUGCAUGUCACACUGGUUUCCAGCUGAACACCGAGCGUUCACGUUGUGUUGAUACUGACGAAUGUAGAGUGAGACCUCGGCCCUGCCUCAAUGGUCGCUGUGUGAACACAGUCGGCAGUUUCCAUUGUGCCUGUUCCAAGGGGUUUUCAGCCAAUUCUCACGGCACGGAUUGUGUGGAUAUUGAUGAGUGUCUGGAUAUUUCCACCUGUCCAAAUGCAGAGUGUGUGAAUUCAGUGGGGUCAUACCGCUGUCUGCCCUGCCCAAAUGGCUACAGAAUCCAGAAUCGCAAGUGUUCAGAUAUCGACGAGUGUGCAAAUGCUGCACCGUGUGGGAAUUCUGGAAGAUGUGUCAACACUGAGGGCUCGUACCAAUGUGACUGUAACCCUGGAUAUCGGCAAAGUGCUGACGGCAAUCGAUGUGCAGAUAUCAAUGAAUGUUUUGAGGGAGAUUUCUGUGCUCCAUAUGGGGAAUGUCUGAAUAGUGUUGGAUCCUACACCUGUCUCUGUGCUGAGGGAUUCACUACAUCUGCUGAUCUCUCCACCUGUCUCGAUGUUAAUGAGUGCACACGGCCAGGUGUCUGUGAUCGUGGGAGCUGCACCAAUACAGUUGGGUCAUUUGAGUGUGUGUGUGAGCCUGGAUUCCUAGUUGAUGAAGAUCGAUCCCAGUGUUUUGAUCUGGAUGAGUGUGUUGAAUAUCCAACCAUCUGUGGUAGCAAGCGAUGUGAGAAUACUGCUGGCUCCUUUCUGUGUAUCACUGACUGUAGUGAAGGAUUUGAGCUCAGUCCUGCUCAGGACUGCAUUGAUAUCGAUGAGUGCGUCAAUGCCACGGUCUGUGGGUUGAAUGCAUAUUGUCAGAAUGUGGCUGGUUCCUAUCAGUGUCACUGUGACCAGGGCUACCAUAUGACAUCAGAUGGCUCACGGUGUGUGGAUGUGAACGAGUGUGAGACUAUCGAGGGUGUCUGUGGCUCUGCAGUCUGUGAGAAUGUGGCUGGUUCAUUUUUCUGCCUUUGUCUGGAUGAAAACGAAGAGUUUGAACCGAGGACAGGACGGUGCAAUCGACGAACUGUCCAGGGUCGGCCGAUGGGAGAGACCAUGAGGGAGGAGAACGAGUGCUACUACAAUCUAAAUGAUGUGCAGCUAUGUGAAAACAUUCUGGCACGGAAUGUCACUAGACAGGAAUGCUGCUGCACUGUGGGUGAGGGCUGGGGGAGAGAAUGCCGAAUCUACCAAUGUCCUGUCCCUGGCGCAGAUGAAUAUCAGUCUCUGUGUCCUCAAGGGCAAGGAUUCCUCUCCAUUCCACAGUCAUUGUUUGGAAGGAACUACAAAGAUGCUGAUGAAUGUUCGUUGUUUGGAUCUGAGGUCUGUAAGAAUGGCGUCUGUGUGAACACAGUUCCUGGUUAUUCCUGUUACUGUCCAACUGGCUAUUAUUAUCACUCCAUCCGGCUGGAGUGCAUUGAUAAUGAUGAGUGUGAGGAAGAGACAGCCUGUGAUAAUGGCGAAUGCGUGAACACAAUUGGAUCCUAUUACUGCUCAUGUCAACCUCCUCUCAUUCUCGAUGUGACACUUCGGCGGUGCAUCUCAAACAGCAGUGAGCAGUUUGAUGUGCACAUGGCUCUCUGUUGGCAGGAGGUGACUGUGAACCUGUUGUGUAAACGGCCUUUCCUGGAGAGACAGACCACAUACACAGAAUGCUGUUGCCGCUAUGGAGAGGCCUGGGGAAUGGACUGUGCCCUCUGCCCUGACAGGAACUCAGAGUAUCACAAUGAGUUGUGUAAUUACCUGAGUGUACCCCUGGGUGAAGAUGAGGGCUUUUCUCAAGGGCUGGAAUAUGAAAACUAUGAGCUGCCAAUCGGGCCUGAAUUCCCUCCAGAUUCCCUCAGUCGUUAUCGCCCACGAGAGUAUGUCCCCAUUCCACCCCAGAUUGGAGAUGGGAGCGAUUACAGACUUCCAGACCGCGAGCCGUUCCUGCCUCGGGACUCCCUGCCUAGGCGCCCACCAUACGACUCCCGCCAGCUGCGCUCUGGGACGGCCUACAGGGGGCAGAGCUCAUCCAGCCGGCGUCGCUACCAGCCCCGAAGCAGGCAGCUGGGACAGGGCUACAACACCCGAAGCAUCCACACAGGUGUCACUGACUCAGAGUCUGCCCAGCCCUGGCAUCGCUACCAGCCCCGGGAACCUGUCCGAGCUGCUCCAGAAUUCCAGUCUCCCAACCUCCCUCUCCUUGUCAGCAGCAAUGAGGAAUAUGACAACCAGUUCCAGCGUUAUGAGGGUCUACAAGCUGAGGAAUGUGGGAUCCUGACUGGCUGUGUGAACGGGAAAUGUAUCCGUGUCCCUGAAGGGUUCACCUGUCACUGUGAUGAUGGUUAUCAACUCGACAUGACCAAAAUGGCGUGUGUCGAUAUAAACGAAUGUGAUGAGGUGGAUGACCCGAAGACACUCUGUAGAAAUGCGAAGUGUGCAAACACCGAUGGUUCUUACCGUUGUAUCUGCUUACGGGGUUACGUGUUGUCACGGCAACCCAACUACUGUGUCCGAGUGGAACGGAGAGCAUGAGGAGAGCAGGCCUGUGAAACCAAAGAUUCAGACUAGCAAUCAAUUCCAUGUUUAUCAGACAAGGGGAGUGUUGUAGAAUAAGAGGGUGGAAGGUAUUUAUUUAAUUGCUAUUUAAUUGAUAUUGGACAACACCAGGGAAGGAAUGUAAUAAAUGGCCAGCCCCAUGAAAUGAGAUGGACAUUCCUGAAAUUGUGCCAUUCAGGCUCUCUUCCCAAAUCUUUAAGCAGGAUCUGUUGAGCUUCAAUCCAAUGGCUGGAAGAUUCAGUCCCAUUCCCUCACAUAGCGAGGAAUUUGGGAUGACUUUCUCAAUCACAAAAGCACAUAUUUCUAAAGAUCCAGGUGUCAUUUGAAAUACCUACUAGUCUGAUUUUAUAAAAUGUUGCCAGUCACUGUGUUGCCUUACCCCUGAGAAGAUCCUGCCCCUCAGAAUAAUAAUUUUUCUGACUGAGUAACUGUAAAAUUUAGCAGGGAAAUAAACCGAAAGAACCCCACCUGCAAACCUCCUUCCCUCCUGUGCUGUCCUGCUGUACCCAGCACCACAACAAUCCUUCAAUGCCUCUCAUUCACUCCGAGACAGUGAAGGUGAUAAGCUAAUCAACAGUGAAAGGCGCACCAUGAUGAAUGACCCAAUAGCCCGUGGUGUACACCGGAUGGUGAUGAGGUGUGGGAGACUGCACUGAUUUCCUCCUUCUAGCCCAGGGGAUGUUAAACAUCCAACAGCAUCAGGACGUGCAAAGUAAGCAUCAGGUAGAAACGUGAUCUGGUAGUAGUUCAUCAGCAUCUCACAGAGAGAUCACUGAAACACUGGUCUUGCAGAGAUGGUAAAGUUUGCCGUAAUCUGAUUGGCAUUUGAGAUUAAUCCUCGUUAAAGUGACCUGAGCUGACAUUUCCCCCAGUUCUAAUCACUGAAUAUGGAUCCUGGAACUUGAUUCAAAAGUGUGAACAUCUCUAUGCUCUUUUGACACCUUUUUUUAAAUCCCACCUGCUCCUAAUCACAUUCUCUCUCUGACUUAGUGCUCAUCUUCCUAUGAUGUGUAAUGGGGCAGGUUCUACAAUGAAAACAGCAUGAUGUUGUAAAAUGAUACCAUUCCUUGUCCCUCCAAUCCAUAUUGAGUCCAUCUUGAGAUUCUGACAAAUUAAGCUUGCUCCUUCCUGACGUUCUGCUUCUUUAUCUUCUUUUCUCCUUUUUUUCAAACAGCGAAUCUUCGUUAGAUCUUGCAUUUUCACCUUGGUUGCAAAGCUGAAUGGGGGUUAGGAUUCCCAUAAUGAACCAUGGGUCCAACAGUUAAAUACAUGACCUUGCCUCAGAGGCUGCUGAACUUUCAUCAGCCAACUUCCCUCUGAUUCCCCCAUUCAAAGAUGACCAUAUAUUUAUACCACCACAACCAAUCCUAAACUUUAUAUUAUCACUUUUAUCUAACUAGCAGACCAGAAUAAGGAACAAAGUGAUGACUUUCCAGAUGGAUAAUCUCAUCAUUAAUCCCUGUGUAAAACAGCAUCAAAUAAAUCAGCAGCAUUGAGACAAGCCUGUCUCUCUCUUGCCCCUCCUCCCCACAGUCCCUGUUCCCUAAUCGUGGCUCGAUCUGUUAGAAUGCUGUUCUUGUCCUUGGCACUCAUUAUUCCUGCAGGAAAGAUAAUUUACAUUUCUUUUGUAACAUUCUCUGUGCUGAGAUCAAAACAUUGGGAGCCAAACCGGUUUUUGGAAAAAAUUCCAGAAAUAAUGUUCCCAACAAAAUCCAGAAAGAGUAAAACUGAGACGAUUAUUUUCAAUCUGAAAGGGGGUGCGGGGGUGUUUCUCCAUGUUUGCUCUCCACAAUCUGUGCUGGUCAGGCUCUUUAUGCGAUCGAUGAACUUGGUCUGACACUGUGCCUUGUCCACAUUUUGCCACAAUUUAGAAUAGCUGAGAUAUUGUUGGGCAGCUCCUCAAAUAUCCCACAAGCUUUGCCACUUGUGAUUGUGGUACUGAUAUUCUUGUACUUGUGCUAUAAAGCUACAUAUUUUCUCCAUGUUUAUGAAUAGUGAGGGCAUUUUUUUACACUUUUGGUUUGUUGUACUGUUUCUCAACUUUUUUUUAAUCUGCUCACAUUAAAAGCCAAAAUAAAAUAUGUCCGAAA